AUGUUACAUCAAUACUUAAGUGAUUUUGAAUCUUUCGAUAAUUGUAGCUUUAUUCUAGAAGAAAAUAACAAAAUUUAAUAUCAGAAACUGAAUCUAUUUAAAAAUGAUUCAUUUUAAGAAUUCGAUAUUGAUUUUGAAUAGAGAUCAACAAAUAUUGUUAAUCAACCUUAUAUUAGUCAUUAAGAAAUAAUUAAAAAAGAAAAUAGUUCAACACUUAAUAAAAAGAUUAAGAAAUAAUCAAAAAAAGAAAGAAAUUUAAAGGAUUAUAAGAAGAAUAUCUGUAGAAAUAUUUUAAGACAUGCCAUAAAAUCAAUGAAUAAUGACUAAGAUUGCAUUAAUUACCUAUCAGAAUUGGUUGAUAAUAGCAAAUAAUUCAGUAUGUAUUAUAACAGAUAAUUGGAAUAAAUUACUGGCUUCAGAGUUUUAAGAGAUCAUUUGAUUUAAUUGAAAGAGGAUUCUUAGAUUGUAUAGAAUAGAAAAUUAGCUUUUAAACAUUAUUUAUUAUGGUACCUAAAAUCUAAAGCAACAGCAAUGAUUUUAAGAGGUGAAACUCAAAAUCCUUAAGAAUAUUUACGAUAUAAGAAUGAAGUCUUAAUUUAUUAUAUACAUCAACCUCAUGAAUGGAUAUCAAAUAACCCAGAGUGGUUGAAUGCAACCACAACAGGAAGAGAUAAAUAGUUCCAAUCAAAUACAGAUAGUUUAUGUAUUUGAGUU